ACUACGACUAAUAAGGAUGUUAAAUUUGUUAGGGUGUAAAGGAAAAAGAAGAAAAAAGAGAUGCGGAAUACCAGAAAUACCAGAAAUACCGGAAUUCCUGGACUUAAAUCAGUCAAAGGAAAGCAAUACGAAAGAAAAUCGAUUUUACAAUGACAGGGUGACGACUUUCAAGCGGAAGAUUCUGAAUGAGUUGGAUAUUUCACAAGUGUUGCCGUACCUCACCUUUAUAGAAGGGACAGAGCAAAGACGAAUUAGCUCCAUGGCUAAGAGUGACCCAAAGCGUGCUAUAGAUAUAUUACUCGACAUUCUUGGUAAUUCGCCUGAACGAGGUGUUUGGACGAAAUUUCUACAAGCUUUAAAAAAAGCCGGCUUUGUAACCCUGGCAAAUAUAAUCGUUGGCUAUGAAGUGGUAGAUACAUCUCACCAUACAGAAUUUUUGAGACAAAUGGCUCCAACAGUCCGUGAAUUUAUUAAACCAUUAGAACUGUUACCUAAUCUUAUGAAUGACCAGGUUAUAAACAGUGAUGAUAAAGAAAAUAUAGAACAAAGACAGCGAAAUGAAGGCGACAUAUCUGCAACGGAUUUACUUCUUGAGAGAAUCACAUGCAAGUCGCAGUUUGGGUACAGAUCUUUACGGAAUGCUCUUAGUGCGACCAAGCAAACAGACGUUGCAAAGAUGCUGGACAUGAAGUCAAUUGACUUACAAGAAAAUAGUUUAUCAAUUGACCAUCUACGUCCACCGCCACCGCCCCCAAGAACACAAAUCCCACCGGUCAAACUAGAAACAGAUCCAGUUGACGAUGAGACGUUCAGUUUCACUCCGGCAAAAACUGAAAAAGAGACGAAAAGCGAUAGCGAAUGGGAUGAUUAUUCCACUGUUGACUUUCUUCCGCCAAAGAGGACGCCGCUUGGAAUACCAAUCCCACCAAUCGAAAAAGAAACAGACCCAGAUGGCGUUGACCAUCUUCGCCCACCGCCACCACCACCAAGAACACAAAUCCCAACGAGCCAACUAGAAACAGACCCAGAUGACGUUGACCAGUUACGUCCACCGCCACUGCCACCGAGAAUACCAAUCCCACCAAGCAAACUAGAAACUGACACAUAUGACGUUGACCAGUUACGUCCACCGCCACUGCCACCGAGAAUACCAAUCCCACCAAGCAAACUAGAAACUGACACAUAUGACGAUCUAAGCACAUCAGACGUCCCGGAACUACCACCACGUUGUCCCUUGAUCUGUACAAUUAAACGAAAACGCUCCUGUCGGCACAUCAAGGCAAUCAGCACAUAUACAGCGGAAAACCCACAGGAACUUUCGCAUGCUAUCGGAGACGUGUUUGAAAUCAAAGAGUUGUACCCGACUUGGUUCUGGGCUAAAUCCAUUGACAGCUCAUCUGCUGGAAUUGUGUUUAGAGUGAAUGUUGUCUACCUGCAAGCGCCCUCACCAAAAAAUCCAGAAAAUAGGGUCGGAGAAGCACCCAUCUAUUACAAAGAGUUUGAUGAUGAAGAUAUAUCGCCAGAAAGUAAUACAGUGGUUGAAGUGUGCAAUGAGACCCGGGUUCCUAUACGGAAAAAUUAUGAGAACAUUGCGCUGGACUGUGAGAAGAAAACGUGGUACACUGCUAUCAAUUCAUUGUUUCCAUGGAACCUCGGAUAAAGCAGGCAAUUGUAUUAAUGUGUAACAAUAAAUGAACAAUUUUAACGAAUUUUUAUAUGUGAUUUGAAUCAUUCCUUUGAUAUGUUUACUAGUGCGUUUUGGAAGUGACCCUGUUAAACGUUUAUAUACAGAGCUGACAUCAAUAAAUUAAAAACUACAGGUAACAGCCCGGUAGUUAAACAUUCAAAUAUAAACUCAUCUGAAAAUGUUGAAAACUGUUACGAACACGUUAAAUACCUGAUUAAGCUACAUUUACAACUUAACACAAGAUUCAAGCUUAACACAGACGACAUGGCCUUCGAGUGUGCGCGUCGUCAAUGCGCUAAGGCGGCAGGGAAAACCCGCCCCAUUGUUGUUAAAUUUCAUAACUACAGUUCAAGAGAUGCGGUGCGAGUGAAGUCGCUAGAGAGCGACGAUUAAAACCGCAGCUUGCUGGAUCGGAGUACAAUCACCACAGGAAAAUCGCGACGCAUAGAAAGCGUUCCAAAAGAGGCUGAGGAUCGAGGAAAGACAGCGAAAGUCAUAGGGAACAAACUGAACAUAACCCGAACUCUUACCAAAAAGUUUGUUAACUGUAAACUUUGUGACCAAGCAAAGGUAGUGCCCAGGAUAGUCAAUAGGGGUCAGACUUAAGACUCUCAUCCUGGAAUAUAUAUGGCAUUUUCAGAAAAAUCUUAAAUACUGACUUUAUAGUUUAUAUAGUUUACUGUAAUGACAAUCAGCUGUCAGAUUAUGUUUAUAUUUCAGCUCGUGUUUCUAGAGAUCACGUGCUCGAUACAUAUGGUAUACGCCUGAUUGAACUCUGCCAAUCCACUUCAUAUAUCAUUGGUAAUGGUCGACUACUAAGCUAUCACGGUCUUGGUGAUUAUACAUUUCAUCAAAUGAAUGGAUCGAGUUAUGUAGAUUAUUUAGAAUUAAAACCACAAGAUAUCAAUUAAAUCUCAAUCUUUCAAAUUUUGGAACCAAAUGUUUUUUUCAGAUAAUUCAGGGUUAUUGUUUUAAUUUUUGAUAUAAAAGUGAUACCAGACCAUAUAAAACAUACAUGAUAUAGAAGUUGCAACGAUAAUAUUAGACUUUUUUUUUAAAUGAUAUCCAUUGAAAAUUGAGGAAUUAAAAAAUCGAUAUCUCCACAUAGUGAACAAAUACCAAUGCUAACAGAUCAAAUAAAUUUCGACAGUGCCAUAAUUCAAUAGGGCUGAUUGCGCGAGCAAAGAUUCCGUUAAUGAUAUGUUAUUUUUCUUUACAAACGAUACAUAGUGUAGCAGACCCAUUGAUUUGAAAAUGAUUUGUUUUAUAUAGAUGAAGUUUAUUUUGAAACUAUACAGAUCAUAUUAAAGGUUGGUUUGACAUGACUACAUUAUUGCACGAAACUUGUAUUAUGAAGCAGUUAGAAUCUUUAAUAUCGAUAAAUCAGAUGCUAACAGAGAAUUUAAUGUAAUCGAAAAACUUGUUAAAAAAUAUUGUCAGUCAAAAGAAGAAUAUUGAUUGCAAAAAGAGAAUGUUUGCACGUUCGGGCUAUUAUCCCGAGCAAUAAACGGAAGGUAUCACAAUCCUCCUUCAUAAAAGGUUCAGAAUAGGAUGGAAAUAAUAACAGGGGAAGUACUGUUAAUAAAAAAUAUUUACUACUGUUAUAAAUAACCAUGUUGACUUUUUGUAUAAAAAACAUGAUAUUAUCUCGGAUGCCCAAUUCGGAUUUCGAAAGGGGCGCUCUACAACAGAUGCUGUAUAUAUACUGUUAUCCCUGAUAUAGAAAUAUUUAUUUAAAAAUAAAAGACUGUAUUUUUUUGUUUAUAGUAAUGACGGAAGCUUUUGAUACUAUUUAUAGAAAUGCAUUACGGCUAUAAAUGUAUAAAUGUGGAAUGCAAGGAAAAAUCACUUAUAAUUGUUUCGUGAAUCAAUAAAAAAAGUAAAAUCAUGUGUAAAAUCAUUGUCAUCACAUUCUGAUUAUUGUAGUUAUGCUGUAGGCUUACGACAAGGGCAUUUUACGUCCCUUAUAUUGUCCAUAUUCGUAGAAGAUAUCGAGUUAUAUUUGCAAAGUCAUAUUUAUUCAGAAUUACAAAUAGAUAAUAUUGUAUUGAUUUUUUUUAUUAUUUGCCGAUGACACGUCCAUUGUAGGUACAUCUCCAGAUGAAAUUAAAACCCAUUUGGAUAAUUUAGCAAACUUCUGCAAAACUUGGGGAAAAAAUGUUAAUAUUGAUAUAUCCAAAAGUAUGGUGUUUCGUAAGAGAGGCAGAUUAUUGCCCAACGAAAGAUGGACUAAUUAUGGCCUUGAUAUACAGGUUGUUAACAACUUUAAUUAUCUGGUUGUUGUGAUUAAUUACUCUGGAAAUUUGGCCUUAACCAGGAACACUUGAUCUGUAAAGCCCUAAAUGCGAUGAAUGUUUUUAUUUUGUAAAUGUCAAGAGUAUGACUUAAAUCUAAAAUACUGUGUCAGUUAUUUAAAUAAUUUGAUGGUUCAAUCUUAAAUUAUUCAGCGGAGCUUUGGGGACCCAUCAAUUUUAGGAGUUAGAGAGAAUCUAUCUGAAGUUUUGUAAAAGAUUAUUAAGAGUCAAAACCAACACUUGAAAUGCGACUGUUUAUGGCAAAUUAGAAUGAUACCCGUUAUAUGUUUCAAGAUAUGUGUGUAUAUUAUCAUAGUGGUUUAAGGUUGCUACCACUUAUAACAUUAUUAUUAAAACUGUUCAUUCGCAAGCUAAGUAUGAUUGUGGUAAAGGUCGUCGUUAUUUGGUGUGUAUCAUUAGUAAGAUAUUAAACGAAUUUGGUUUUAGUUAUGUUUAUGAUGAUAUUCACAAAAUUGAUGUUAAUACAUUCAUGACAGUUUUCAUAUGUAGAAUAUACGAUGCGUUUAAACAAGAUUGGUAUGAUACCUUAGACAUACCAAAGGACAUUGGUAGCUAUGUAUAGACAGUUAAAGACUAGUCUUAAAUAUGAAAGUUAUCCGGACAUUUUGCCCAAAAGUUUACGAUUUUUCUUUUGUAUACUUAGACUGUCUUUGCAGCCUCUUCAUAUUCAAACCGGUAGUAAUGCUAGAAAUAAUAAUGUACGAAAUCAAAGAUAUUGUCUAUGUUGUAAAUCCAACUAUAUUGAAGAUUAUUCUCAGUUUGUCUGUGCGUGUCCGUCAUUGAAUACAUUUGAAAUAUUGGAAAUAAAUAUAUUAAGAAAUUCUAUUAUUUAAGAUCGUCUGUAUUUAAAUAUUUACAAUUUGAGAAAUCAAAAACCAGAACUGAGAUUAUUAAACUAUGUCCGUUUUAAAAGACUUUCUAAAAGUAAGAUCCUCUAUAAUUGAUGUUAGAAUUUAUUAUGGUAAAAUUUGUAGAUUUAGAUAAAUUAUAACAAUUACAUUAGUUAACCAAUAAGUUGUUACGUAUUACCUUUUUGUGUUAUUUCUUGCUUGUAUACUCGUUUGUACCACAUUAUUUUUUACUAUAGAUUCACGACGACAUUGAUAAUUAUAAGCAGUGUUCAAGUUGAAAUAAAUUGUCUGUCUGUAUGUCUGCCUGUCUGUCUGAUCAUAUUACAAAUUCAUUCAUACAGAUACUUCACGAUUCAGCUGCGUGUAUGUCUGUUGAACGAACAGUUAAAACGGUCAAGAUUUCACAUAUUAAUAAAAAGCCGUAGUUUAAUGCUGUAUACUAAAAUGUAAGAUUUCAAGAAGGCUAGAAAUAAAUAUGUACGUAAUAAAA